AAUGUUUGUUUACGUGACGAUAAGUGUACAUUUAAAGAAAUAUAAAUAUACAAUUGAAUUAUAAUAAAAAAUAUAUAUAUGUUUAAUUACUAUAAUUAUAUUAUUAUAAACAAAAAACAGCUAUUUAUUCCAACUUUAUAAUUGUUUGAUAAUAAACAAUGUAAAUAACAUGUAUUUAAAUGUAAACAAAUAAUUGUGUGAUACAUGAACAAUAGUGUAAAAUACAUAUUUAAAUUUCAAUCGUAUAGCAACUAAUAUAAAGAUUAUUAACUAUAUAAAUUUAUAUAUUUAUCAAAGAAGAUUCCAGAAAGACGUAGAAGCGAUACUGUACAUAGAGAAAUGUUUGUAUAUGUAUAUCGCCGCGGUUUUUGAAAAAUAUUCGUUUGAUGUUAACAGAAACAAUAUAGAUUUGACGGAACAAUAUAACAUAGAUUUGUUAAUUAUUAGGACUUAAUUAUAGUGAAUUAUUAUUAUAAAAUUACAUCGAACUAUUCUAAAAAAUAUCAAACAUAAUAACAAAAGAAAUGCCAGGAUAUGGUAAGUAUUUUUUUUAAAUGACGUAAUUUAAUUUAAUUAUAAAUAUAAUAUAUAAUAAUAUUUGUUAAUUUUUAUAUGAUAUUUUAUAAAUAAAUAAUUUUAUGUAUCUUUAGAAAUAUUUUUAUAAAAAUUUUUUAAUUAUUAACUUUUUUUAAAACUAAUAAUAUUUAUUGUUUAUAAUAUAUAUACAUAUUUUAUAAACAUAUAUUUUAAGUUUAAUAUAAAAUUUUGUUUUAUAUAAAAUUUAAAAAUAUAGAUAAUUAAUAUAUAAAAAGAAAAAUAUAAAAAAUAAUAAAAAAAUUAUUUCUAAAUAUAAAUAUCGAAUUUUUAAAAGAAACUAAUUAUUAAUUCAAAUAAAAUAAUAUAUAGUUUAUAUUAUAUUAAUGAUAAUUUCUUAUAUAUUAAAAUUUUUAAUAAAAAAUUUUUAAUUAUAUAUAUAUUUUAUUUUUUGAAUUAUCAAAUUUUUCAAUUAAAAUUUAUACGCGCAAUUCUUGAUAUAUAGUAUAUACAUAUGAGUAGAAUUCUAAUAAAAAGAAAUAAUUUAAUAGAUAUAGAUCAUGAAUGUAGUUGAUGAUAAAGGUAGUUUCAAGUUUUCAUAUAAUAAUUAUUAAUAAUAACAUUAUUAAUAUUUAACAUAAUGUAAUAACAUUAAUGCUAUCAUUAAUAAAUAUGAUAGUACACAAAAUUUAAACAUAAAAUUGUGUUUAAAAUAUUAAUUAUAUUUUAUAUUUCGAAAAUUUAAAAAAUUUACAAUUAUAAAAAAGAUUUUAAAAUGUAUGUUUUAAAUUUUAUUAUUUAUAUAUAAUUUUUAAAUACAUUAUAUUUAUAUAUUAUUUAUAUACAAAUAUAUUUAUUAUUUAUUAACAAAUAUAUUUUAAUAAAUUUAAAUAUCAUUUAAUAUUAUAUUAAUGAGAAAAUAUUAUUUGUAAAAUUUAAUUUAACAAAUAAAUUUAAAAUAUACAUAUAUAUUUUAUAUGAUUAUUUUUGUUAAAUAAUUUAAAAUAAUAUGCUUAAACAAAUUUUAACAAAUAUAAUAAUUUUUUAAUUUAAAAUCUGUUAUUAAAUAUGUUGAUCAUUGAUAUGAAAAAAUAGUAGUAAUAAUAAUUCAUCAAAAAGAAUUAUACAUAUAUGUAAGGUAGAAUGUAUGAUUGUGAACGGUGAGUGCAAAGAAUUAGUAAAAGAGGAAAUAAGAUAGAAACGUAAUUCGCGCCGCCACCGCGAGGUGUCAGCAUUGCAUGCGGCUGGCUCGCUAGCGGCCACCAUUGUUGAAAUUCUGCUUUGGUUGAUGCCCCGACGAUUUUUUGACCAAAAAUCGUAAAUUCGCCAGCCCCUGGCAAGGGCCCUGUGCGGAAGGUGCGUAUCCCGUGGUAAUCCCGUGAUUAUGUCAAAAUUAUAGCAACCGUCAGUAGCAUGUUUUACGAUAAAAGGCCUACCGGGAAAAGCCAGUGAAAUUGAAUGUGCCCAUCGAUUUACGCGAAAGAAAGAGGCAUCCAUGUCCGUGUCGUACGUCUUGUCGGGGUGUUGGUGUUGUGUGCGCUGCUUGAAUUGUGCAUGGUACGUGCGUGCAUGCGUGCCGGUACAAUGCAACGCGUCUAUCUUGCGCACCAUGCAAUCUGUCGAUCUUAGAUCUUGGUGUAUGAAGUGAAAAUUUCAAUUAUCAGAAUGUUCUGGGAGUAAGAUAUUUGGGCGUUAGAUAGAGAUCGCGCGGAACUUGCAAUUUUUGAAUAAGUGCACAUUGUUCCGCGUGUCGGCACGCGCGGCUCGCGCGUUAUCGACGAUACUGCUAGGUGCGGGAACUACAUCUUUGCUUGGUGUUUCGUUGUGUAUGUGCGUGAAGUUUACGGGGUUAGAUGUCUUCUUUCCACGCUUUGCACGUUGUGCGUGCAUAGGCGUGUGCACACGCAACGCACGUCAUUUAUAUAUGUAUACAUUCAUAAUAUCCGUGUGUUUCUAUGGGUGUAUAUGCGCGGCUUGGUUAACAUGCUUUCUUCGUAUAUAUGCGUGCUCUAGUGUCGUACGUGUACGCAUACUGCAUGCCAUUGGAAUUCACGAAAAAGUACACGAACUGUAUCCUGCUACCACGCCGUUGGAUGAAGAAAUCGAAAUACACAGUGUUACAUUCGCAUGUCCAUCGCUUCCCUCAAAUAGAAAAUAUUUAUAAUUAUAUAUUACAAGGAGGAACGGCCAAAACUUCUGAUUUAUAUAAUUCAUUAAAUAAUUGUCAAUAUUAUUGCACACAAUAUAUAUCAUUAAUGAAUAUUAAUGAACAAAGCGUAAAUAUUUUAUAUCAGCAUUAUGGUGUGAAUUGUCAAAACAUAUGGACUAUUCCCAGUAAUGGGCCAUUUAUACUUGGAGUUGCGCCAAAAUGGGCGCUAUCAAAUAAUUUCAUGCAGUGGGAUUAUAUACAAGAAUUGGUAGCACAUAGUGAUGUGCCUGAUGUAUAUGAUUUACGUCACAAGGAAGAAAAUAUAAAUGCAUCAGAUUUAGAUUUAUCUUAUGUUAAUCAGUUUAUAAAUUUCAUACAACCUAUAAACAAUAAUAAAAUAACAAAUUCUGAUAUACAGAAAGAUAUAACUGAUAAAUGCUUAUCAGAAUUCUCAGAACUUGUGCUUAAAAACCAUAAGGAACAUUGUAGUACCUGUCAUAGUGACGAUAAUAAAAUAAAAACAACUAAUUUAUUGAAUACUAACAAAGACACAAUCAUUUAUUCAUUUUGUAAAAAUAAAAUUGAAAAUUUACCUGAAGCAAAGAAAGAAAUUGAGCAUUAUCAUAAAGUUUCUGAUUGUUUUACUUGUUUGUCGGAACAAUCAAAUAUACAAAAUAUUACACAGUACAAGACUUUGUCUAAAAUUUUGGAACAAUAUAAAAAUACUUAUAAUCUUCUUUGUGGUUCUGAGGAAGAUAAGCCACUUAAUUUAGUAAAAAAUUUGGAAGAUAACAAAAAUUGUUGUAAUAAACAGAGUGAAGAUAACAAAAAACUUUGUAAUUUUACAGAUAUAAAAGUAUCUAUAAAGGACUGUGCCAUUUCAAAUCAAAUAAAUCAUUCCAAUAACAUAGAAAAUUGUUACAUUACAAAGUACAAGGAAAUAGAUUAUGGUUUAUUAAAAUUCUCAGAUCUAAAUGAGAUAUCUUCUAACAUAAAAAUUGACAAAACAUUACUUAAAACUCCAAAACAUAAAUUAUGUAAAAAUUUAGAAACAAACUCAGAUUGUGUACUAAAUAAAUAUUUAGAGCAAGAAAGUUUUCUUGCUCUUGAUAAACAUUUGAAUGAUAAAACAUCAUUACUUCUAUGUGAAAAGAAAAAUAAAGAUCUUUCUUAUAUACAUUCAUAUCUGAAUGUCAAAAAUACAGGUAUUAAAAGUGAAUCUUCAGACGAACAGAUAAAUAAAUCAAAGCACACACAUUUUGCGAGUGCUUGCAAAUCAAUAUUAAUUAAUUGGGAGGAUUUCGAAAUGUCAGGACAAUAUCCAGGUCAUAGCCGACCUCCGGUUGGUACUCCUCCUCCUCAGACGGUUUGGAAUCAUCUUACAAUGGCACAAAGUCAAGUUUCAGGUUUGAAUAUUCAUCCAACAGCUUUAUCAGGUGCUGCAUUAAGUCCAGCAGGAUUUUAUACACACCCAUCUAUGGCAAGAGCAUCUCAUAUAACAUCACAACUUACACCACAACUUGCACAUACUCAAGCACCUCCAACAUGGCAUACACCAACUGUUCCAUCAAAGACUGUAACUCCAGCCAAUACUCCAGGAAAUCCUUUGUUUAGUUUACAAAUGUUGGUAGAUAAUAGGCAGAACCAAAAUCAGUAUAGAAACUCACCAGGUUCACAAAAUACAUUAGAUUUAUCUUCCACAUCUGAAAUUAUUCCUGAAAACUACUCUCGAAUACCUCAAGAUAUUCCAAUAAGUUUAACUGCAAGAAAUGUAGAUAAAGGUAGUAGAAAUGGAAAUAUUAUUUCUCCUCCAAUACCUCUAAAUGGAGAAACUUCGUCUGAUAGUGGAAUCAGUUCAUCGGUUCCAACACCUAAUUCAGUUAGUGAACCAGUUUCACUUUCAACUAAAGAAGUUACAACACCUAAAAUAACAGUAAAAAAUUUUGAAAGCAAUUUAAAAGGAGUGGCAAAUCUUCAUGAUAAGAUUAAGGAAAUGAAUGUCGAUAAUUUUACGCAAAAAGUUAUAAAUUUACCACCUAGUGUAACAAUUGAAAGGGUAAUUCCAGAAAAGAAAGAACUUGAAGUUACAAAAAAUAAAGAUACUUUAAGUGUUAUUGCACAAGUGCCAAGAAAUGUUCUACCUGUUAUUGUAAACCUUACAUCUAGAAUGGAUAAAGAUGUAACAGAUAGUCCAAAAAGAGAAUCAUCUUCAGAACGAGAUAAAAAAAUUGAAGAGACAAAUGUUAGAUCACCUAAAAAUUUGCCAAAAAGAGGUAAAAAAGGUGUAGAUUCUCUAUUAGAAAAAUUAGAAGGUGGAAAUAAAAAGCUUGGUAGCGCAGAAAAUAUUGGAUCUGUUAUUGUAAUGCCAGUAGAAGAAAAAGAUAGCUCGAGCGUUAAAAGUAUGUCCCCUGAUAGACAAAAAUCGAAAUCUCCAAAUAGAGAAGAUGAAGUAGUAUCUCCAGCAUUUAGCAAUGAUGAUUCUAAUGAUAAUACUAAACAACGCAGAAAAAGAAAACUAGAAAAACCUGUACGACUUAGUAAAGACUCUAAAACAGAAGUAGAAGAUAUGGAAUUAGAACCUACAGAACCAUCAGAAGCUAGAACAAGUGAACUAGUACCAGAAGAAAGAACAAAUACAACUCCAGUUGUAAAAUUAGAAGACAAUAUUGACACAAUAGAACAAAGAAUAUCUGAAAAAAUUGAAGAAAGCAUAGAAGAAACAAGUGAAGAAAAUCAACCUAUUAGAAGGCGGAGAAGUAGUGAAAGUACACCUCCUAGUUCGACUCCAUCAAAUCAAAGGGUGAGAAGAAAAUCUAGUGAUGAUGCAACUGAAUUUUCAAAAGUAACAAGUCCAAAAUCUGUAAAUAAUACAAAUCCAUUUAAUGAGGUUGAAUCAGAACUUGAAAAAAUGUUUGCUGGUAUUGUUGAGACAGAGACAGAUGUCAAAAAAGAAGAAUCAAAAUCAGAACUUACAGAAUCCGAUCUUCAAACUGGCAGUACAACAAAAACUGAAAAUUUGGAAAAUAAUAUAUUGCAUACAAAAGAGACACAAAAUGUAAACCCCACUGAUGUUUCUUCUACUGUCGAUACCAAAAUAUCUGGAAAGAAAGGGAAGAAAACCAAAGUUCAGGGAGGUAAACGAAAAAUGUCUAGAUCAUCUGAAAAUAUUUUUGGGACUGUUGGCAAUGAUAUACCUCAGAAAGAAAUCAAAAAGAGAAAAGUUUCUAAAAGUUCAAAAAAGCAAGACGCCUCGAAAAAGACUAAAAAAAAUGUAAAAAUAGAUGGAAUAAGAGAAAUGGCAUAUGAUUCUGGAUCAAAUGCAAGUUCUAUUAGAUCUCGUGGACCAGUAGUUCAUGUUGAAGGUCCAAGAGAUAGCCCAUUGAGUAUUCAGGUAGUUAAUGCUCCACGGGAAGAAGAAGAAGAAAAAAAUAAAGAAAAACGAAAGACUAUUGGAAAUAGUAAUGCAGGAAGAAGUAAGAGGCUCAGUCAUCAAAACGAUUUAGACUAUAGAGGUAAAGUCAGUAGAGCGGGUCUCUUUAGUUCAACAUUAUCAUCGCGUUAUGAUGCACAUACAACAGAUUCGACAUGGGUUUGUGUAUUUUGUAAACAAGGUCCUCAUUCUGUAAUUCCUGGGGAUCCAGCUCGACCACAUCCUAAUUUAGCUGGUCCACAUAUAGCACCUGGAACAUACACUGUUCCAGCUGGUGUCUUGAGUGAUUUAUUUGGACCAUAUUUAAUUGGUAAAGAACGUUUAGAAGAUGGAAUUCUUUCUGCUGAUGAACAAGAAAUUACUACAGAACAGAAAAAAGGCGGCAAAAAUAAAAGAAGUUUGAGGUAUGCUGGUUUAGCCGAUCAAUUUACUGCAAAAAUGGGUAAAAAGAAAAGAAAUUCCAUUGAAAGUAACACUAAUGCCAUGUUUACGGGAAUGACAAUACUCCCUGGAGAAGAACAACGUUGGGAAGUUUGGCUUCAUGAACAAUGUGCUGUUUGGGCAGCUGGAGUAUACAUGGCAGGUGGGAGAGUAACAGGUUUGCAAGAAGCUGUGUGGGAUGCAGCAAAAUCGAUAUGUGACUCUUGUGGUUUAACAGGGGCAAAUAUUGGUUGCGUUAAACGUGGUUGUAAAGCUGUUACACAUUAUCCCUGUGCAUUAACAAAAGGUUGGCACUUGGAUACUAAUCAGUAUAUACCGAAAUGCAACCUUCAUCGGAUUACGUGAAACUUCGGUGAGUUUGCUUAUAUAGAUUAUUAUGAAAUAAUAUUCAGUAUUUUACAAUAUAUGGCUUUAAUUUAGAGCACCGAGUGAUGAUUAAUAGUUAUAAAAAUUAUAUUCAAAUUUAUUUGUAAAACAAAUUUGUUAUAAAAAUAUACAUUCAAAUUAACAAAGCGUAAAACAAAACAUCUUCACAUAUUUAUAUAUAUAUAUAAUGGGAUAUAUUUAACAGUUUAAUAUUUUGUUUACUAUUUAUUAUAACUAAUAUAUUUUAUUGAAAAAAAUUGAAUUCUAAUUUCAAUUUUAUCUCUAAUCAAUUUUAUCUCUCAAUUUUAAAUCUAAUUAUUAAUUUAUAUUUUUCAGCAUUUAAUAAUUUUGAGACGUUUUGAAAUUACGCUUUGCAUCAUUCGAUGCAUAAGUGUGUUUGAAGUGUGAAAGUAAAAAUGUUAAAUGUAUAAAGGACAGAAGUAUUGUAAUUUGCAUACACGAAAUAUCAAUAUGCUCGACAGAAAUAUCUUCCAAUGUACAAGAUGUUGAAACGAGAAUGCUGUUACUGUCUUGAGAAUUAAAAAUGAAAAUGGAAAUUAACGGAAAUGAAGACAUGGAAGUUCUUCUCGUUAAUUAAAUUUAAUUAAUUUUCUUGGCCUGUGGCCUUGAACAGUGGCCUUUUCGACCUAAUGUAAAAGGAAGAUUUUUAAUUUAAAAUCUGUAGUAUAGAUGAAUUGUUGCUGAGGAACAAUAUUAAUCAAAAAAGUAUUUGCUUUUUUACUAAUAUUUAUAAAAUUUGAAAACAAAUUUUUCCCUAAAACAUCAUGUACGCGGGAAUAAAAUAUGGGGCAUAUUGUAUCAAAAUUUGAACAAAAAUUAUAAUUCAACAAAAGAAUGAAACAGCACUGAAUUUCUUCUAAGUUGUAUGUGUGUAUAUAAAAUGGGAUGGAUUAUUAAUCAAUUAAAUUGAUGGAAUUUGAAGACUCUUGACACGUUUCGAAAGAAGUGUGGAUAAGAAACAUAUAGACAAGUGUUCUCCUGUGAAUGUAAGAAAUCACCUGUAAAUAACAAAGUUCUUAUGUGAAAAAUGACUAUUAUAUUAUUAUACAAUUUCAAUCAUAGAAAAAUAUUUUUUUGUUUUUUAAAAUCAUAUUGCUUUAGUAAGCAUGUGUAGUUAAUGUUCUUUAUUGCGGGAAAAUAUUAGUGUAAUAAUACUUAUUUCUAUUAUAAUUUUUUGAAGAUCAAUUGUGACAUAUAAAUCUCAUGUAGGUGUAAAUAAAUAGAUUUUCGCUCA